AUGGCGCAAGGAAAGGUCACCAUUACAGGCGCCACGGGCUACCUGGGCUCUGCCAUUCUCGUUGAUCUUCUCAAGUCUGGGUAUACAGCACACAUCGUGGUGAGGAGCCAGGCCAAGGCCAAGAGGCUUCAAGAGGCGCCUGUCCUCGCCAACCUCAACAAGGCCUCCGCCUGCAAGUAUUUCAUCGUUCCCGACCUGGCUGUCCCAGGCGCCCUGGACGAAGCGGCAGCAGGCACUGCCUUCAUCAUCCACUGUGGCACACCGUUACCCUUUGGGGAUCAGCAAGACGACUUCAUCCAGCCUACCAUCGACUGUACCCUGUCCGCGCUGGAAAGUGCGCGUCGUAUUAGUACUGUCAAGAGGGUGAUCAUCAUGUCCUCCGUCGCAGCAUUCAUCAAUCCUGAUAUUGUGGGAGGUGACUACGAGCCUCCCAAGGAGAUUUUCAUCGACGACACACCCAACGAAGAGUUUGGCCCGCCCUACGUCAACCCUUUGCUCGCUUAUUGCGCGGCCAAAACUGCAGCUUUCAGGAGGUCGGUGGAGUGGAUGGAGAAGGCUGGGAGGGAUGGUAUCGACUUCGACCUGAUCAAUUUGGCACCAGCCUACUGCUUUGGCCAACACCCGCUCGCCACGAACCUGUCGGAACUGAUGGCCACCUCGAACCAACUGCUCCUUCAAGUCAUUGCCGCGGACGGCGUAAAGAGACUGCAAGGACAGCAACCCGCGAGGUCGGUGUCUGUCGGCAUCCUUCUCGAUGACGUUGUCAAGGCUGUCAAUAAGAGUCUGGAUCUUGUGGCCGUGAGGACGCCUGUUUCAGGGUCCAGCAAGGGCAUAUCGAGCUACGUGAUGGCACUCAGGAUUGAAUGGAAUGAUGUUUAUCCGAUCGUCAGGAGGAAUUGGCCUGAAGAGGUGAAGAAGGGCCUACUCGCAGGCGAGGGCGACUGGCCGUCCAAGGCCAACGUCAACUGGAACCUGGGCAAGUUCCACGAAAUAUUUGGGUUCGAGCUUCGGGGCCUGGAGGACAUGCUUGAUGAUCUCGUGCCGCAAUAUCUGGAACUACUUGAACAAGACAAGGCCAAUGGCAAGGCUUUAUAA